UCUCAUACCUCUCAAUGCGAACCGCGAAUGGACGCGAUCAAGCCACUUCCUCAGGUCUCGAGCUUCUCCGCUUCAGUCUUUAGCUUCCUCGAUGACAGGUUCAGAGACGCCGCGGAUCUCUCCCAAUCACCCGCUCUGGUCUCCGAAUUGGAAACCGAGAUUUCCGAAUUGGAUCAGAGAUUAGCCGGGCUGAACCGCCAGCUCGAGUCCGGUUUAGCUUCUUACGCUUCGUUCUCCGAUCGCAUCGGCGGUCUACUCAUCGGAGUCAAUGCCAAAUUAGCUGAUCUCUCUUCGUCUCGCUCCGCGUCAGAUGGCGGAAAGGGGGAGGAGGAGACGAGGGAGCAUGUAGCUGGGGAGGAGCUUCCAUCACUGGCUAAAGAAGUAGCACAAGUUGAGUCUGUGCGGGCUUAUGCUGAGACUGCACUAAAGCUAGAUACUUUAGUUGGUGAUAUAGAGGAUGCUGUCAUGUCUUCUUUGAAUAAAAACUUGCCAACAUCUCGGUCAAGUGGUUUUGAAGAAGUGCGUCUACACGCUAUCAAAACACUUCAAAAGACAGAAGAGAUACUGAGUUUAGUUGCAAAGAGGCAUCCUCGCUGGGGACGUCUUGUUUCUGCAGUUGAUCAUAGAGUGGAUAGAGCUUUAGCUAUGCUGAGACCUCAAGCGAUCGCUGAUUACAGAGCGUUGCUUUCUUCUCUUGGAUGGCCACCUCAGCUUUCUAACUUAACUUCAUCGAGCCUUGAUUCUAAGUCUGAUGAUAUCCAAAAUCCGCUUUUCAACAUGGAAGGGAACCUCAAAAGUCAGUACUGUGGAAACUUCCAUGCUCUGUGUAGCUUGCAGGGUCUGCAGCUGCAAAGAAAGUCGCGGCAGCUUGGGAGCCAUAAGGCUGAAAAUGUUCUUUUCCACCAGCCACUCUGGGCUAUUGAAGAGCUCGUUAACCCUCUGACUGUUGCAUCUCAGCGACAUUUUGCAAAAUGGAGCGAGAAGCCUGAAUUCAUUUUUGCACUUGUGUAUAAAAUCACAAGGGAUUAUGCGGACUCCAUGGAUGAGUUACUACAACCGUUUGUUGAUAAAGCAAAGCUAGCUGGGUACAGUUGCAGAGAAGAGUGGGUUUCGGCUAUGGUGAGCUCAUUGUCUUUGUACUUGGUGAAAGAGAUAUUCCCUACAUAUGUUGGUCAGCUAAACGAACCUGAUCUUAGUUCUGAGGCUAAGGUUUCGUGGCUCCAUCUCAUUGACCUGAUGAUCUCUUUUGAUAAGCGAGCUCAGUCUCUGGUAUCUCAGUCAGGAAUACUUUCGCUUCAAGAAGAUGGGAAUCUUCUGAGAAUCUCCUCUCUUUCAGUUUUCUGUGACAGACCUGAUUGGCUCGAUAUAUGGGCAGAGAUAGAGCUAGAUGAGAGGCUCGUCAAGUUAAAGGCAGAGAUGGAUAAUGAUAGAAACUGGACGGUGAAGGUGCAAGACGAACUCAUCUCCACUUCAAACGUUUACAGACCACCAGUUGUUUCCAGCAUCCUUCUGCAGCACUUGUCAUCAAUCAUAGAACGAUCUAAAUCAGUGCCUGCCAUUUACUUGAGGGCAAGGUUCCUGAGACUGGCAGCCUCGUCAACAAUCCAGAAGUUCUUGGAUUGCCUCCUUCUCAGGUGCCAAGAGGCUGAAGGACUAACUGCUUUAACCGAAAAUAACGAUCUAAUCAAGGUCUCAAACUCUAUCAAUGCUGGUCACUACAUUGAAUCAGUCUUGGAUGAGUGGUGUGAGGAUGUCUUUUUCCUCGAAAUGGGAAGUGGACAGGACAGUCCACAGGAAGCUCCGGGACAGGAGAACUUUACAGAACCUUCUGAAGGUAUUUUCGGAGAAGAGUUUGAGAAGCUGGAGAAGUUCAGGCUAGAGUGGAUUAACAAGUUGUCUGUGGUGGUCUUCAGAGGCCUUGAUGCUCGGACUCGAGAGUACAUUAAAAACAGAAAGCAAUGGCAGGAGAAGAGAGACAAAGAGUGGACGGUGUCGAGGGCACUAGUCGGGGCUCUAGACUACUUACAAGGCAAAACGUCGAUAAUACAAGAAAAUCUAAACAAAGCAGACUUUACAGCUAUGUGGAGGAGUCUAGCCUCAGAGAUAGACAAGCUGUUCUUCAACAGCAUCUUGAUGGCGAAUGUGAAGUUUUCUGAUGAUGGAGUCGAAAGGUUUAGAGAGGACAUGGAGGUUCUAUAUGGGGUUUUCAGGGGGUGGUGUGUUAGACCGGAAGGGUUCUUCCCUAAACUAAGCGAGGGGCUAACACUUCUGAAGAUGAAAGAGAAGCAAGUAAAGGAGGGUCUGAGCAGAGGCAAGAAGUGGUUACGUGAGAAUGGAGUUCGAUAUAUGACUGAAGCCGAAGCCAAGAGGAUAGCUAAGAGUAGAGUGUUCUCUUAAGGUUGAUGCUUUGCAAAUCUUCAUCUCAUUUGAUAUCCUAGGAGAGUCUGUCUAUAAAGAAGGUACAUUCAUAUGUGUUGGCCUAGAUACGCAUAGUUAGGCGUGUGUGAUCAUUUCAUUUAUUUGUGGAUUAUAAAACUCAAAGUCUUGAUUUUUAAAUGAACUUUUUUACUAACAAGUCCUGGUUUUGUUUUGU